CAAAUGUCAUUCUGAUUAAGAAAAUAAGAUUCGACGUCCGACGACGAGAAUCGAACCCGAAAUCGAAAACAAGUCAAAAAUUACGUAAGGGUAUUCCCUUACUUUUAUUAUUAUAAAAAAUAAUUUAGAACGAUGUCCUUUAUCCUUAAACGCACUUUGGGUGCGAGUCGCAAUUUGGGACGAGUUGUUUUAAGUAACAACCAUAUUCCAAUUGUUCAACGUGUGGCGACUAAAGCAGACCAAGUCGCUCAGGGCGAAACGCGACCUACUGUUGCUAAAUUAGAUCCCCUGCAGAAGUCGCAGUUAAUCGAUUUCGGAAAAUAUGUGGCGGACUGUAUGCCGAAAUAUGUGCAGAAAGUGCAGAUUACAGCAGGCAACGAAUUGGAAGUCCUCAUCCCUCCAGAAGGUGUAGUGCCUGUUCUGCAAUUCUUAAAGGAUCAUCACAGUGCUCAGUUCGCGAGCUUGGUCGAUAUCGCCGGAAUGGACGUGCCUAGCCGUCCCAACAGAUUCGAAGUUAUUUACAACCUACUCUCUCUAAGAUACAACGCUAGAAUCCGUGUAAAGACAUACACCGAUGAACUGACGCCCAUUGAUUCUGCUAACGAAGUAUUUAAAGCGGCCAAUUGGUAUGAGAGAGAGAUCUGGGAUAUGUAUGGUGUAUUCUUUGCAAAUCAUCCCGAUUUAAGAAGGAUUUUGACCGAUUAUGGAUUCGAAGGUCACCCAUUCAGAAAGGAUUUCCCUCUUAGUGGCUAUGUAGAGCUGCGGUAUGAUGAUGAGCAAAAGCGUGUUGUGGUGGAGCCCCUUGAGUUGGCACAAGAGUUCAGAAGGUUUGAGCUGAGUGCCCCGUGGGAACAGUUCCCCAACUUCCGCGGCAAUCCCGUUGCUGAAGAGGUCACCAGUGCCACAGAACCCAAGAAAGAAUAAACACUGUAAAUAAAAUGUAUAAUAGUCAUAAUUAAAUAAAAUGCUGUGAUGGCUC